ACGGACGGUAUGUGUCAAUUAGAAACAUCGGAAUGAAAAUGUCUCGGUGUUGUCUGUGCAGCCUCACACACAUGGAUACGUGCAGCACACCACACACAUCAAAGAACGUCGGUAAAGGGAUCUCGUUCCGCUCGCUAUAGACAUGAACACACACACAUUGAUAGAGAGAAUCCUCUGCGAUCGCUUAAAUGCACCCGCCACCCCCAGUGGUCUGAUAGAGACUGUGCGCACACCGACAGCCAAAAACGAGUCGCCCCCCAUGCCCACACAACAAUGGGAUGAAAAGCACUCGGCCACUCGACAUGUCAAUGCAGCCCCUCACCAGCUGUCACGUCGAGCGCGAGUCCAUCAUGACAGAGGCGACGGCACUCACCCACUGCCACCCAGCAGACGGCUGAACACACACGUAGGGAGACGGAUCAUUCAUUGUGUGUCUGUCUUCCUUCUUUUCCCCUGACCUGCAGUGUGUAGAUCUCCAUAUCGGCAGCCGUGAAGUUGAGGCUGGACCCCAAAAUGGCGUCGCCAUCGUUGGUGAUGGUCCCGAUGUACUUCUUGUCGGCCGGCAGCUCCUCCUUCAUCACCCACUGCUGGCAGCUGCGAAGGUCGCCUGCCGAGCCGUGAUAGCCGAUCCCCAUCCACAGGCGGCCGGGGGCCUUGUGGAUCAUGUCACCGAUGCACACCAUCCCGCGUGCCUUGCCGCUCUUGUCCUUGACCGCCCCCUGUGUGCCGGCCACCCUGACGCCCUGCGUGUCCUGCGGCACGUCGAUCUUGGUGAUGCCGUCGCCCUCGAACGCUCCAUGCACCGAGAAGAGCGACACAGCGCAGGGGGUCGUCGCCACUGCAGUGGGGUUGGGGGGCGGAGAGAGCCCGCCCUCGAUGUGGGCGGCGAUGAUGGGGCCGCCGAGGUCUUUGAGGAGCAGCAGGAGGUCGGUGGCGUCGCCCACAUUCUUGAACAUGGCCUCCUGCUCCCAGCCGUCACGCUCACCCCUGACAGACAGACAGACAGACAGACAGACACACAGACAGACAGACAGACAUACCAAAGCAGCAAAGGGAUAUCAUUCACAAGGCACCAACACCCUCGCUGUCAUCGGUGGCUCACUUGUAGAGGAGUUUUGGGGUCGCAUCCGUCAUGCCGGUCGCGUCGACGAGUGCUCGAAUGCCAUCCGCAAAGGGGAUGGGGUCGGCCGGCACAGCACUCCACACCUGCAGACAGCCAGGAGAACGAUCUCAUGAUACCCCCAGCCACCUGUGUGCCCUCUGGUUGAUGCCUCGCUGACUGACCUGGAAGACCUCCACUCGCUGAGCGGUGGAGCAGAGGGUCUCGACGCCACAGAGGCUCACUUCCUCGCUGUUGAUGGUCUUGCCCACAAAUUUCCUGUUGGCCGGCAGCUCCUUCUUCUCCACCCCCUGACAGCACUUGAGAAGGUCGUCAGUCGGGCCGCCGUGCUCGCCCCGCCCCAACCACAGGCGGCCGUUGGCGAUGGCCACCUUGCCGUGUGGCACACCGUUCUGGUCCGUCACCGCCCCCUGUGUGCCCGCCACCGCCACAGACUGCUCGCCCUGUGGCAGGUCGAUCUUGGUGAUGCCCUCUCCGAAUGCACCGCACACCGAGAAGAGCGACACGGGGCACCAGAAGCACGGCUGAGAUGUGUAGUCGGCCGGCAGGUGCAGUUUGGUGUCGGCGAAGACUGCGAUGGUGUUGGUGUCGUCGCACUUGAUGACGAAGAGGAGGCCGCGCCGCCCCACCACACGCUGCGCCAGACUGGUAUACGACGAACCGUGCAGCGAACUCCUGACACAGCCAGACGUGCCGACGAAUGCUUAGAGAAUGGCGCGAUGCCCUUCAUUUGUCGUCUCUCACUUGAAGAGGCAGGUCAUCUUAGGUUGUUUCUUGCCGAUCAUGAUGAGGAGGGUCUGCAUGACGUCGUUGGCGAGGAUGUUGGGGUACAUGGCCUCGAGGACGCCAUACAUCUCACUCACACGCACCAACUCGUCCUGGUCGGCACACGUCGGCGGCGGGACGACGGCGCCAUCGGGGGAGAGGCGACACCGACGAGCGAAGUCGACGAUACUGAACACACCACCAACAGACGAUAGAUGCGCUCUGUUGUUGCCUCUGGUGGUUGUCUGGGUGCUCACCUGUCGAAGUGGUGUGCAGACACAUCGACGAUGGGAGUGCGACCAUACCUGCACACGUGACACACAGGGGAGAAGGAGAGCCAAUGAUCACCACAACAGCGUCCCCAUUCCCCCCUGUGUGUGCCUGUCUUCUCACUUGGUGAAUCGGUCGUUGAGUGUGUCGAAUUUGGUCAGCGUGGCAUCGGUGGUCGCCACUGUGCGGCCGUCCACAGUCACACUGAGCACCUCCGCCCCUCCCCUGGCGCCCUUCAUGGACGACUUGAUGAAGACGCCCAUCAUGGCCAUGAAGCUGCGGAAUGCCGAUUGGCUCUCGCUGUCCUCAGUCGGUUUGUCGAUGGCGAUGGGCGACUCGGCGAAGAAUAUGUCGUGGUAGAAGGGGAUGGGCUGCACGGCGUCGAAGACCUCGAUCUCGUCCACCCACCCAUGCUUCAAACGGGUCAGCUUCUCACACAACCUUGACACACACACACACACACAGCCACCAGUGAGUGAAUGAGUGUCAUUGACUGCAUGCUCCCAUCGUCACUCACCAGAUGAAGCAGAGGGGGUCUGCGUCGAUGAAGAUCGUCCCGUCGGCAUCCUUGUGCAUCCACUCGUCGAACCGGUGCAGCAGCACCGCCACACACGUGCCCCGCAGCCCCUCGCGUAGCAGCACCCCACUCGGGAAGGCCAUGACAUAGCCGCCGACGUUGAUCUGCGUCACGCCGCCGCUCAUGCUGCCUCCUGUGGCCUGGCUGCUGCUCGUCGAUGAUGAGUCCUGCAUGCGGUCAGAGAAGCAGAUGAAUCACGGGACGCUCUCGUGUGCUGCUUGAGUUGGCAAGGUGCAAGGCAAGACCCUCAAGGAGGUAAAGGGUGAUCUCAACCCUCCUCCAGACGAAGGCAACGAUUCC